AUGUCGUUUAAUUCUCAGUCCCCCCAUCCCAAUUUUUCCUGGCUUAUCGGGAGGAUUUUACUAUCAGUUUUGGUCAUGCUUUCAGUGGUCACGCUGUCCUUGUUUAUGUCUUACUUUCUGUUUAGUUGCUGUACUUCGGCACCGUUGGACCAGGAGGUGAACCGUAAUUUGGGAACUAUGGAACGUCAAGCAGCUAGUACUCACCGUCCUCAACAGCUUGGAGUUAACAGCCUCCCACAACAAGGGCUGAACUGGACGAGACAAGUGAGCUGGUGGGCUAAUAAGGAAGGAAAAGGUACAGACCCUACACAAACAGGAAUCUUCGCCCCCCGAACAGGGGGAUCAGCUUCUGAGCUUCUGAGUGGCACGGGCAUCACAAAGGACUGUGUGGCCGCGCGGAGGUUGCCGCAUGCGCUCAUCAUUGGCGUGAAGAAAGGUGGCACACGAGCUCUUCUGGAGUUCCUGAGGCUGCAUCCGGAUGUGAGAGCGCUAGGCGCUGAGCCGCACUUUUUCGAUAGGCACUACGGGCGUGGGAUCGGGUGGUACAGGAGUUUGAUGCCCAAAGCACUGGAAGGUCAACUGGUCAUUGAGAAAACUCCAAGGUACUUUGUAACGGCAGAGGCACCAGGUCGCAUUCAUGCUAUGUCAAAAAGCAUCAAGUUGAUUGUUGUGGUACGGAAUCCAGUCACAAGAGCUAUUUCUGACUAUACACAGAUUGUAUCGAAAACACCUGACAUUCCCAGCUUUGAGACUCUUACUUUCAAAAACAGGACUACAGGACAGAUCGACUCUUUAUGGAGUCCCAUAUGGAUCGGAUUAUAUGCACAGCACCUUGAGAAGUGGGUUCAGUAUUUUCCUCUCUCACAGAUCCAUUUUGUUAGUGGUGAGAAACUAAUUAGUGACCCAGCAGGUGAAGUCGGUAAAGUCCAAGAGUUUCUUGGUAUUCAAAGAAUCAUCACAGACAAACAUUUCUAUUUUAAUCACACCAAGGGUUUUCCUUGUUUGAAGAAGACUGAAGGUAGUAAUAAGCCUCACUGUCUGGGGAAGACGAAAGGCCGAACUCACCCAAAUAUUAACCCAGAGGUGUUGCAGAGACUGAAAGAAUUUUAUUACCCUCACAACAUGAAGUUCUACCAAAUGAGUAGACAGAACUUUGGAUGGGACUGAUAGGAAUAAAACUAGGCAUGAUUGUGCUCAUGCAACACCCAUGUAGUUAAAAUGUGAUCACAGCUAGGGUCAGCAAUAUAAUACACAUGGAAAUGUCUCAAAUUAUCUAACAGCUGCUGAUCUGGACUAUAUAGUCAAUCGUACUUUGAAAAUAUAUUAACUAACAAGUCAGCAAUUUUCCAUGUUAUUAAAACUGAAAGUUAUAUCUGAAUUUGGCAUAGUAUAUGCUGAUCUCCAAAUGUACUUUACUUAAGCAGCAUACAGACCACUGAUUCUACAACAGUGUAAGAAUGAUAUUAUGGCAGACCCCUAGGUUAUAGGAAAUCUCCAAGCUUAUUUUAACCUAGUACCAUGAAGGGAAGAUCUGCAUGCUGCAUACCUCUCAACUGUACAUUGUUUCGUACAAUUUCCAGA